AUAUCCUCAACCAACACACAACCCGAAUAAUUCAACACUGAUUUGCUAGCGAAGGAGCGAGCGACAGAUGGGAUGCCAAAAACUGAGUCGAUUAUCGUCAUUGGGACUUGUGGAGGGGUUAAGAUCUGAAUAACGGCGAGAUAGCAGGAUCAGACCAGAGUGAGGAGAGCCGGCAACGAACAGCCCGAAAAGCUGUGUGCUUUCUCUCCAUCAACUUCCCCAAGGGCUGCGCAUGCAGCCUGUGUGUGAGUUAGUGGCACUAGUAUUGUUCUGACUUCACUAGCUACAGUGCCCACUCCUAGAGAGAGAACGCACAACAAAAGACAAGAAAGGAAGGAAGCACGGAGUAACUAACGAAGACGGUUGUCGUUGAAAGUAAUGGUCCUGCGAUACCAAUCUUAGAUUCCAAGAUUUCUCUCUUUUUGUUAUUUUGCCUUGAGUCUUUGUAGCGGUGAGGGGACUCGCCGUGUGGUGUUGCGCCGAGCAGAAGCGGGGCUGUCCACAUGGUCCAGCCACUGGUGUGAAAGUUGACUUCUUCAGAAAACAAGAACAGGUGCCACGUGAUGAUGGUGGAAUCAGCCUCUGAGACCAUUCGAACUACGACCUCCAAUCAGAACGGAGUCAGCAACCUCAGCAGCCAAUUGGAUGGCGGGGGAGGGAGAGAAGGCGGGUCCAACGGAGACAACAAUGGGGAGAUCAGCCCAGUGGACCUACUGCACCUCCAGCAGCAACAGGCCCUCCAGGCAGCCAGACAGUUCCUCCUCCAACAGGCCUCUGGACUCAACUCCCCCAGCAGCAACGAGGUUAAACAGAGCCCUGUGCAGGUGCCAAUGUCCAUGGCUAUGUUGACCCCCCAGAUGAUCAGUCCUCAACAGAUGCAGCAGAUCCUGUCCCCUCCUCAGCUACAGGCCCUGCUGCAACAACAACAGGCCCUUAUGCUUCAGCAGCUACAGGAGUACUAUAAGAAGCAGCAGGAGCAGCUGCAUCUUCAGCUUCUGACUCAGCAGCAGCAGCAGGCUGGGAAGCAGGCAGCCAAAGAGCAGCAGAUAGGUAACAAGCAGUUGGCUUUCCAGCAGCAGCUCAUUCAGAUGCAGCAACUUCAACAGCAGCACAUGAUCAACCUGCAGAGACAAGGCCUGGUCUCCCUACAGCCCACUAACCCCAUGCAGAGCCUGCAGCAAGCCAUGUGUCCUGGGGACCUGCAGCAGCUGUGGAAGGAGGUGUCGGGGGUGCAGUCUGCAGAGGAGGCCCUGAAGCAGCAGCACACUGGAGAGGGUCUGGACCUCAGCACCAACUCUACCUCAACCUCUUUCCCCAAAGCAAACACACACAGCAGCCUGCACAGCCUGCACAAUGGACAGGACAACCACACCCCAAAGAGAGACAGGUACAGAGACAGAGCAAGACUCUUUGAAUGGAUCUCCUCCUUCAGCAAGGCAGACCUCGGAGAUGAACACCUCACGCCUUACUCCAAAGGUGGCCCGCUAUCCAGUAGCCACCACGAGGAGCAUGCAGGUUCCCAUCCUCUCUAUGGCCAUGGAGAGUGUAAAUGGCCUGGCUGCGAGGCGCUAUGUGAUGACAUGGGACAGUUCAUCAAGCAUCUGAACAAUGAACACGCUCUGGAUGACCGCAGUACAGCCCAGUGCAGGGUACAGAUGCAGGUGGUCCAACAGCUGGAGAUACAGCUGGCCAAGGAGAGUGAGCGGCUGCAGGCCAUGAUGACCCACCUGCACAUGCGCCCAUCGGAGCCAAAGCCUUUCAACCAACCUCUGAACCUGGCGUCCAGUGGCUCCCUGCUGAAGAGGGAGAGCGAGGUGUACCCCGAGGGUCUACCUCACCCCCCCACCUCCGCCACCGCCCCCAUCACCCCGCUCCGCCAGGGCCCCUCUGUCAUCAGCUCCUCCAGCCUGCACUCACACUCACACCCGCACGGCGUGGGACCCAUACGCAGGCGCAUCGCAGACAAGUUCUGCACCCCCAUCGCCUCAGGUAUACGAGAGGAGCUGGCACAGAACUGUGAGUUCUAUAAGAACGCUGAUGUCAGACCUCCCUUCACCUACGCCUCUCUCAUACGCCACGCCAUUCUGGAGGCUCCAGACAGGCAGCUGACUCUUAAUGAGAUCUAUAACUGGUUUACACGAAUGUUUGCCUACUUCAGGAGAAACACAGCCACAUGGAAGAAUGCUGUGCGCCACAACCUGAGUCUGCAUAAGUGUUUUGUGAGGGUGGAGAACGUGAAGGGGGCCGUGUGGACGGUGGACGAAGUGGAAUACCAAAAGAGAAGACCACCAAAGAUGACCGGGAGUCCUACUCUGGUGAAGAAUAUGAUUUCAGGCCUGGGCUUCGGUUCUCUAAACGCCAGCUACCAGGCGGCCCUUGCAGAGAGCAGUUUAACUCUACUGAACAGCCAGGGCCUGGUUAACCCCUCAUCUGCCGCCAGCCUCAACAUGCUGCAUGGGAUGGGUCAUGAUGAUGUCAGCUCCACUGUGGAACAGGUCAACAGCAACGGCAGCUGCAGCCCUACACUCAGCCCACAGCAGUAUGGACACCAGGUCCAUGUGAAGGAGGAGCCCACUGAGAUCGAGGAGGACAGCCGCUCCAUGUCGCUCAUGGCAACUGUCACUCAGAACAUGGCAUUGCCUAGCGAUCGCGAUGACCGCGAUUUGGAUGAUGAGCUUCCCACCGAGGAGCUGGAGUAGGAUUGGAUGAGCUGAACCAGUGGACGGGACUUUGAGGUUUAAUCCCGCCCGCUCCAUUGGAGUGAAGCGAAAUGAUGACCACGUAAAAAAACAAGAUAGAGAUUAAAAAAAAAAGAUAAAGAUCAUGAUUUUUAUAAAGCAAGAAACCAACAACAUUGACAAACAGGGUUAGACCUCCAUUACAUACCGACGCAAAAAUAACACUCUGGAGCAUUGCUUUAUUCCCACACAUUUUCACCCACCUCACCCCCUCCUUGUCAGAGAGACAGCUCUCAGUGGUGAUAUGGAGGGAGGGUCCCCUCUCCUCUCCCUGUUGAUUCACACAGAUGGUCUGCCCGCCCUACAGUCCUUUAGUGCUGGUAGUUUGAUGUUCACACCACUACAAUAUACAUACAGGUGUGUGAGAGAGUGUGGAGAGACACACAUCAGAUCAUGUGUAUAUAUUGUUUGGAACAGUCACCAGGAGGUGUAUAACUCUCCUCCUCUUCUCCGGUCAUGUUAGUUUGUUUUUCUUUUCUUCUUUUGCCUGAAAUAACUGCUGGGCUUUGAGAUGGAAGGAAGAACAGUGGUUUUCUCAAGGAUUACACCACCUUCUCACACUUCUCACACUUGGUUUCUCAUCGGAAACCAAGCUUACAAACCAGUCAGUGAUCCAUAGGUGGGACUGAGACUGGAUUGCAGGAUUCUGCCCUAUGCCCACUCUCUAGCUAUUCUCUGCCCUAUGCCCACUCUAGCUAUUCUCUGCCCUAUGCCCACUCUCUAGCUAUUCUCUGCCCUAUGCCCACUCUCUAGCUAUUCUCUGCCCUAUGCCCACUCUCUAGCUAUUCUCUGCCCUAUGCCCACUCUCUAGCCAUUCUCUGCCCUAUGCCCACUCUCUAGCUAUUCUCUGCCCUAUGCCCACUCUCUAGCUAUUCUCUGCCCUAUGCCCACUCUCUAGCUAUUCUCUGCCCUAUGCCCACUCUCUAGCUAUUCUCUGCCCUAUGCCCACUCUCUAGCUAUUCUCUGCCCUAUGCCCACUCUCUAGCUAUUCUCUGCCCUAUGCCCACUCUCUAGCUAUUCUCUGCCCUAUGCCCACUCUCUAGCUAUUCUCUGCCCUAUGCCCACUCUCUAGCCAUUCUCUGCCCUAUGCCCACUCUCUAGCCAUUCUCUGCCCUAUGCCCACUCUCUAGCCAUUCUCUGCCCUAUGCCCACUCUCUAGCCAUUCUCUGCCCUAUGCCCACUCUCUAGCCAUUCUCUGCCCUAUGCCCACUCUCUAGCCAUUCUCUGCCCAAGCCAGACAAGACUCUCUUUACUCAUUAUGACAAACAAUAAAAGAAGACAUUGUCCCCCCCCCAAAAAGACCGUUUGGUGCUUAACUCCUCCUUCAUGUGUGAUAGUGAUGGGCACAGGCCAACCUGAGAGAGAGAGAGAAAGAGAGGGAGGAAGUAGAGAUCAUCCACACAGAGAUAUCUGACUAAAAUAGUUUAUGAUUAUGGAAUACAAAACAUUUUAUAUCCAAAAAGUGGUGGCUUUUUCACUUCCUUCUUUCUUUGAUGUUAUCUUCAUUUAUUUUUUACGAUUCAUAUUUCCAUGGUGAUAUAAUUCUGUUUCAAAGUGUAUUUUGUAAAAAUGCAUUGUUUCUUUUGUUUUUAGUUUUUAUUAACUCUGCUUGUUCACACCAUUCCAAACUAGCAUUGGUGGCAAAGAAAGUGCAGUAUUGUCCCAAAAUUCCCCAUAGCCCAGCCCACCAUGAAUACCUUUCUGUGUGUCUGGGUUUGCCAGUUUAGAUGGCAGGAGAUUGAGAAUAGCACUUAGGAUCGAGGGCCUCAGCUCCUGAGAACACUCACCAAUAAUCCCAACAUUAUCAUCCAUUUGUAUUAUUCCUUUUUAACUAACUUUCAUUCCUUUUUAUUUUAUCUUCUCGUAGUUAGUUGAGAAACAUCAGCUGUGAUACAAAGCAAUGCUUGAAAAAAGACAUUAUGGCAGUCAGAGAAUACCUCAUCCCACAAAUUUCUGCCCGGAAGUGUGUGCAAAAUGUAAAAGAAGUAAGGGGGGAUUCUUUGUGUGGGACACCAAAACGUGGCAACUCUGCUCAGUUUCAUUUCAAAGUUCUAUUGUUACUGUAGUUACUGUAUAGAAGCUGUCUGCAAUUCACUGUGUGAGUUGAACUCAAAGGAAUAGCACGUGAGAUUUAAAAUCUUUUGUUUUCAGUGAGCAUAAAAGCAUUACCUUCUCUGCAGUGCCAUACCAAAUUUAAACACAUUAUUUUUGAUGUAUUUUCUGCUUUUUCUCCCCUUUUAUUUUUGUUACAGGUAACCAAAGAAAUGUGUAGAAAACCAAAAACCCUGUAGUUUAUUUUUCCCCUUUUGAGUUUUUCCUCUAAAGAACUGGCCAAAAGACAAUAAACAUCUGACAUUUAAAUUAUUAUUGUAUUAUCGUAACUCUUACGUUGAAUUUGUUCAUGACAGUACUGACCAUUCCAAAAACCAAAGUAUAAAAUGCUAAAUAGAAUUUGGUGAUGUUAAAAUCUUUUUUACAUAUGUUUAACUGGUGCAAAUGAUGACUAACAUUAGGCAUGCUAUGGUUGAAGGCCAAAAACAGUAUUAACAAACAACACUUUUGCAGUUCCUUAGAUAAAGAAAGAAAGCACUUAGGAUUUAAAUCUCUAUCUCUCCAUGCUCAGGCUACCUGUGUUUCAAACACAACCCUAUGACAGGCUCUGCUGUAGGCAAGCCUAAGAUGGGAUUCAGGGUUAAAGAUGACAAAUAAUUAUCUUACCCUCAUUAGGCACUUGAACACAACAUUUAUAUACCUUUAUGUGACGCUAGAAGCCAGCAAAAAAAAAGAAGUGGGCUGUUGUCAGUUGUCAUUAACUGGGAAACCUUGUAAAACAAAAAAUACAUUUUUAUUGCACUGUAAUAAUGCAUGUUUUGAUUAAUUUCCUCAACCAAAACAAUAUUUUCAUUGUGAAACUCAUUCAAACAUCCCUUUGUGCUAUGCAGGAGAAUGUCAUUUUUCUGACCCGGCUCCCGGUUUGAUUGAAUAGGACCAAAAGUCCCAUUGUCUAGCAGUGAACAGUUUACUUAAUGUACUUUCUUUACUCCUCACCUACAGUAUAGUCUAGUAGACACAACAGUUUAACAAAUACCAAAAAGGACAGGUGUUAUAAUAAAUAGGAACAAAAUGAUAAUGUUUCGCUCUUAUAAUGUCUUCUUGCUCUCACAUUGCUAUAGAAACACGUUCAUAAUCCCCUAGUCUGUGAGUAGUUGUGAUAGAGACUGUUUGAAGCUGGCUGCCAUUCCAAACAUCACAUCAGUAGACAAACGGAGGGUUUUUCAGAACAGACAUACCAUUAUGACCAUUUGUGAUAUUUACAGCAAAGAGAGAACAACUGACAAAUGACAAAAUCAUACCAAUGUGAAAGGAGCACACCAAGGGACAUGUCAACUUAUGUCUUUUUUCUAAAACAACAUUCGGGAACAGUUUUGUCAAAUCAACUCUUGGCACCAUUUUCUUUGUUUUUUAAUAAAGGAGUCUUUGUAUUGACUUCCUGUGUAAAACAGCACUGUUUCCUGUAUAAGUAGCGUUGUGAUGCUUCACGUCAUCAGACUGAUUUAUAACAAACAAAGUGGGAGAGGGACACCGAGAGUAAAAACCAAAAAUAACACUACCUCCUUUUCAAAAUGGUUCACAAUAAAAGCAAAUGGGAGAUUGGAGACCAGAAAUAUGUCAGGUUUUAAAAAAAUAAUAUCUUCCUCAAUAAUAAUAGUGAAAUAUACCAAAACACAGCUUACUGUUAAUACACAUUAAGUAGGUCUGAAAAAGCUUGUCUGGCUAUCUGAACUCCAAAUUCAUGAGCGUGAGCGCAAAAACAAAGAGACGUUACAACAACAUUACACCCCGUUAAAGAUAGACUACCUCUCCUAAAACACCAGAUAACUGGUGCGUUCUCCUAAGAGUGAAGAGUGAAGUAGUCACCAUGUUUAAAAGGUCUACUCUCAGCUGUGUAUUAUUGGCUCUCUCUGUACUGACCAUUAUCAUAAAACUCCGCGAACAGCCUCUUAACUGGGUGCUCUAAUUGUAUGCACGCAUAUUUAUGAGCCGGCUUUGCCGGCAGCCAAUGAUAGUCCGGUCGUUAGCUGCGACUCAAUGGGGCAGGAAGCUGGUUGUCAGGAGUGAUGAUGGGCAGAAUGUAUGAGUGCCCUGCACCCGCCAUUGGGCCACACACACACUAGUGCCCGCCACACGCCAGCGGCCCACACUACACAUGAAUGGAGAGAACAGCUUUAAGAUGGCAGCGAUAAAGGAAACACACUCACCGGCUGUAGUCAGUGUUCAGUCGAAAGGGCCCUUAGUAUCAGUCAAUAAGCCUCAGAGCUGGGAAUUAAAGCCCUGUGACAUGGAGCUGGCCCUUCACGGUGAAUAGUGGCCCAUGUCACUAGGAGCCGGGCCCCUGUUGGCCCCUUGGUUCAGACAGCUGAGGAGAGGCUCUGAGUAACUAAAGAUACUAUCCAAAGACAAACACAGAGCUUGCUGGGAGACGGACAAUAAUAACAGCUUACAAAGGAAUGAAUGAUUACUACUACUAUUAUUGUUAUGAUCCAAACUCUCACGAAAGAGGCGCUGCUGCAUUCAGUAAAUAUAUGAUGUUUGAAUUCUCAUCCUUUAAGGUACACCUGUAAGCCAAGCUGUUUUAUCAAGAUGUAGAUUCACAUUCGUUGAUGAUGUUGACAGAUCUCCAUAGACACUUCUGUUCCUUCUCCGGUUUGGCUGUUAUGAUGUAUUAUUGUAUAUUAACACUUGGCUUAGCUCUCGAGGGCAUUCUUUACCAUUAUGUCUUUUUGAUUUUCUCUUUUGUUCAUUUAGUUUUUGUAAAGCUUCCAGCUUGGAUUCCUAUACUGUAUUGCUAAUGCUGAAGUGUAUGUAUUUAUCAUAUUAAGUGCUGCAGGUAUCUUUGUUCAAUAGUUAUUCCUUUCUUUUUUUUCUCGUUUUCUUCAUAAAACGUCUGGGACGAUGAUUUUUUAAGUGUAUUAUCUCAAAAAAAUAAAAGAAUUAAAGUUAGAUAAGUGGUUUAGGUAACAGCUGUUUGUAUAUUUAUCUUAGCUAGGUCUAUUUUGAUACCUUUUGUCUCUGUACUGCAUUUUUAAGGAAAGAAAAAGAAAAACAACAGUAAAACAAAAAGUUGACUUCAUUAUGUAUUGAUGAUACCUCAGAAGGACUUUUCUCUAAGACAGGACCAAAACCUCAGAAAAAAUGAGAGAAAGAGGAAAAUAAUUGAAGAAAAUAUGUAGACCCUCUCUUGCUUUUAAAGAUGGACCAAUGUAAAGGUGAUGUUGUGGGUCCUUUAUGUGCCAAUAUGUGUCCUCUGACCCCUGACCACAGUCAUUCCUUUGAUGACCUUUAACUUACAGCGGUCAAUCACUCAAUAAGACAACUGGGCGUGGCCCUCAAUCAAACACCUGAUGGCAUUUGUCCAAUUAGAAUCCUAACCAAAGGUGUUGUGAGUGGCCAUGGCUUACAAGCUAACAGACCACCACAACCAUAACCACAACCGUAACCAAACCAACCCCAGGCACUAAUCUACCACAAGCUACUUCCCAUACCUCAAACCAUUCUUCGCUAUCACCAUCGCUAUCAUCUCUUGGACAAGCACUCUUCCUAUUGGAUCAUUAGUGACUCCAGGGACCUAAUUGGCCCCGCCCCUGCUCUAUGAUUGGACAGCUCUUAGGUGUCAUGUUGAGGAAAAGGGAACUUAAAGGACAGUUGCCCAUGUUAUCAUGAACUUCACAGCCCCCCCAAAAAAUGGAACUACCACUUCAGCUGUCCUCUGGUUGUAUCUUAGGAAUGUGUGUACAUUCAGCUGUCCUCUGGUUGUAUCUUAGGAAUGUGUGUACAUUCAGUGACUCUCUGUAACAUUACUUAGUUUCUGUUUACCUCUCUUUUAUCUUUUUAUUUUGUUCUGUUUCUUCAUUUUUUGAAAGUGUGACCCAGGGGAAUAGGUAAAGUAGGAGCAGGCGGUGGUUUUUAAGAUGGUCUAAAAGAGGUUUAAAAAAAGGCGACUUUGCCACUGAGACCUUUGCCCUUUCCCCCUUCCCUGGGUGGCCAUGUAAUGCCAGUCACUGCCCUUUCCCCAUUCCCUGGGUGGCCAUGUAAUGCCAGUCACUGCCCUUUCCCUCUUCCCUGGGUGGCCAUGUAAUGCCAGUCACUGCCCUUUCCCUCUUCCCUGGGUGGCCAUGUAAUGCCAGUCACUGCCCUUUCCCCCUUCCCUGGGUGGCCAUGUAAUGCCAGUCACUGCCCUUUCCCCCUUCCCUGGGUGGCCAUGUAAUGCCAGUCACUGUCCUUUCCUCAUGCUGUAUAAAACACACACAUAUAUCUGUGUAUUUGUAACCUGAAUCUUCUUGUGUCUGUCCAUGCAGACAAUAAAACAGCUGUACAGUAGGUCUAGUUGCAUGUAAUCUGUACUAAUUAUUGACAAUGGCAUUAUAAAAUGCAAUAAAAUACUUAUUACACUGUC